AACAUACUGGAGCAAACUUCUCCUGCCAGCCACAAGUCUGCGCCUCUCCCACGUUCUCCCGCCACGUUCUCCACGACUCUUGUCCUGCUCGCCGUCGCAGCGGGCCUCGCAUCGCAGCCCCGGGGGCUCGGGCAGGUAACCGGUGCCCUUCUCGAUCUGAAAUUUGCAUCUCGGUUGGUUGAUUGAUGGAUGGUCACCUUCAAAAAAUAAUUGAACGGCGAAGCGUGGCACGCAACCUAUUCCGCAUGAUUUCUUGCCCUCUCCGUCUUCCCUUCUUCCAUUGAGGUCUGAAGGAUCGGGGGAUUUUUGUCUGUUCAAGGAAUUGGUUCCUGGGUUAUUUUAGUUUGUAAAAAAGUAUUUCCUCAAAUAUGGUGGCCUCUCUAGAUAAUGUGAGAGGCUUGACUUUAGCCAUGUCAUCCAGUGCAUUCAUCGGUUCAAGCUUUGUAAUCAAGAAAAUUGGGCUGAAGAAGGCUGGGGAUUCUGGGGCAAGAGCAAGAGCAGGUUCUGGAGGUCAUUCAUACUUGUAUGAACCAUUAUGGUGGCUGGGAAUGGUCACUAUGAUUCUUGGAGAGAUAGCAAACUUUGCAGCAUACGCAUUUGCCCCUGCCAUACUUGUUACUCCUCUAGGAGCUCUGAGCAUAAUAUUUAGUGCAGUGCUCGCACACUUCAUCCUGAAAGAGAGAUUGCAUAUGUUUGGUGUUGUUGGUUGCAUCUUGUGUGUUGUUGGGUCUGUUGGUAUAGUUUUGCAUGCCCCAAAGGAGAGGGAGAUUAAUUCAGUGGAGGAAAUAUGGCAUUUUGCAACUCAGCCAGGUUUCAUUGUUUAUUCAUGUGUGGCUGUGGUUGGUGCUCUUUUUUUGAUUUUCUGGGCUGUCAAACGCUCUGGUCAUAGGAAGAUGCUCGUCUAUAUUGCAAUCUGUUCACUAAUGGGAUCACUCACGGUUAUCAGCGUAAAAGCAGUUGCCAUUGCCUUGAAGCUGUCAUUUAGUGAAUCAAACCAAUUCAUCUACGUCCAGACGUGGUUCUUCAUAUUUGUUGUCAUUAUUUGCUGCUUGGUGCAGUUGAACUAUUUAAACAAGGCCAUGAUUAUUUCCCCAUUUCAGGAUUGGGUUUCACAGAGUGCAACACAGAUAGCUACUCAACUAUGUGGGUUCGUGACUAUUGUUGCAGGGACUUUUCUACUUCACAAGACUAACACCAGCAGCACAGAUAGACAUGCGGAGAGUGCACCAACACCUCCACCACCGCCGCCGCCGCCGCCUGAUCAAAUUUGUGUGCAGGGAUGAAGCCUGCUUCCAAGUUAUUACCUAACUUCAGCUCCACGUCUAACAUGUACCAAAACAUUGAGACAACAAGCACAUGGAAUCCGAUUGAAUGUUAUAUUGGUAUAGUAGUAGCAUUUUUUGUUAAAGAUGUUUCUCUUUUACCUGUAUAGUUGAAGUGUAUGAAUAUAGCCUUCACUACACAUGACUUGAAAUUUAUGCAGAGAGUUUAUUAUAAAAAAUUUGGAAACGAUACUACCAAACGAAGUUUGUUUUAA